AUGGACAGCGUGAUAGCAGACCUUGAUAAAUCUGGACUUUACCAAACUCCCGUCGCCGUUCAUGCUGUAAACUCCACUGUGCAGGCUUCGACUUCCCCCUGGGCUCCAGGCUUUGAUAUCGGAAUCUUCCUAGGUCUCCUUUCAAAACUCCUGUCCUAUAUUACAGUAUGGAGGCUGUUCGUUCUCGUACUGGUGCUGGGGAACCUGAAGAAUGUACCUCUGAUAUGGCAUCUCCGAAUUGUCAAUGCCUUCAGGUUCUGCCUCCGGACGCAGAGACCAAAGGUGCCCGUCACACCAGCACAGCUCUUCCAGCCAAUCAUCACCACCACGUACGCCCCGAUCAUGGAGAUUGAUUUCAACCUGCACAAGACCAACUCGUCCUACUUCUCGGACAUCGAUAUCGCGCGGACCCAUCUCGUGUGUACCCUCUUCUCCACCGGCAUCGAGCAGAUGCGCGGCGGUACAGCAGCUAUCACGGGCUCGAAGCGUCCCGUCUUCGGGCUCCCCGUCGGCGGCGUCUCCUGUACCUUCAAGAAGGAGCUGAAGCCGUACGAGCCAUACGAGUUGUGGACCCGCGUGCUCUCCUGGGACGAGAAGUGGAUUUACAUCGUCACGCAUUUCGUGCGGAAGGGCGCCAUUGCUCCACGCAAGUAUACGUUGUAUCCCCAGCAGAACGAUGGCGAGAGAAAGACCGGGGAAAAGACAGCGGCCGUUGAGGGGAAUGAGGAUGUCGUCGCCACGGCGCUGAGUAAAUGCGUGUUCAAGCAAGGCCGCCGCACCAUCGUUCCCGAGCUCAUGCUGCAGCUCUCUGGCCUGCUACCCCCCGAACCACCGGAUAGGACUGAAGCUGUCGACCAUUGCGAGAGCAAGGAGGAGAAGGAGAAGGAGGAGAGCGAGUGGGAGCGCAUCGAGCGCGAGCGCAAACGCGGGCUGAAGGUCGCGGCGACUCUGGGGGCACAAUCGCAGAAUGCGCUGGAGAGGGAGUUCACGGCGGAUGGUGAAGCAUUGGGGAGACAUGCUGAUGGGACGGGUUUCGUGGGUGUUGUGUCGACGUUGGCACAAUUAGCGAGACUUAAAAGAGAUCAGAUUUUGUGA